AGCAAGCGAAACGAAGUCCGCUGAUAAUGCUAUCGCGCAUCGGUGGCGGCCAUCAGGUGCAGCCGUCGUCGGCUCCACCAUCACCACCGGCCAUAACGAUGGCGGCGGGCAGCCAUCAUCACAACCGAGUGCCACAGGAGGUGGACGAUCUGGAUGAGUAUCUGUCCGAAUACAAGCUGCAGGCACCGAUUGAACCCAUCGCCCAUUAUGCCGAUGGAGAACUCGAAGCAGAAUGGCUCAAUUCGGCAGGAUUUCCACAGCUAACCAAAGCAUUCGAAGAGGGUCGCGAGCUGUCAGCGACAGAACUAGCUCCGGUCAUCUCUGGUCUAUCGAGUAUGCACGCGGAAGCGGUAAAGCAGCGCGUGAAAGCGCUCAACCGCACGGUACGCGGUCGUACGCGCAACCGAUCGACGAAGAAGCCGGACAUACGGGACGUAUUUCGGGAUCAAGAUUCUUCCAGUACGGGCACCCGGUCACGCAGCGCCACACCCGACUCGCUGGACUCGCUGCCCGGGGACGAUGCCUGGAACACGCCGACGAGCAACGGACACCACCACCAUCAUCACCCUCACAUACCGAGCUUUGUGUCCGUGUUCGAUGGUAAUGGCGUGGUUCGGCCGACACCUAUCCGUGGCAAACAGCAUCUGCGACGCACGCCAAGUGCACCGUUGCGUGGAUCGGCAGAACUAUUUCGCGGAUCACACAUCCGCUGUGACAUCCCAAUUCAUAACGAGGGCAUUGAGCUGCUCAACUUCCAAAGACUGGGAACGAUUCACAUACCAAGGAUUCGAUCCGGUUCGGAUCCAUCCUGUACGAUCGGACCCCACGCCGGACAACACAUUUCGGGCACGCGAAGCCACACGAACCUGUACAACGGUACGGCCGUGGUCCGGCGGGACAACGAUGACUCCGGCAACUCGUCCUCGGAGCAGAGCCCGCCGAGUUCGCCGCCACGCAACAGUCUGCUCAGCUCGGUGGAGAACUCGCCGCUUCGCUCGCCGUACGAACCGGUCAGCUUCGAGAGCAUGAUCAAGCAGACGACCCCGUCCGCGGCGGACCAGUGGCAACAGCGGCCGGAAACGGCUCGUGAACCCUGCCUCGACAUCGACCAGAUAUCGGAGGGUGAACAGAAGCGGCUCCAACCGCUGCUGUGGCUCGAGUUAGCUUCCCUCUUCGACAAGAAUCACGUUUCGCUGGACAAGCGAAAACCGUUCAAGCGAAAGCGUAAGGAGGAAGGCAACGUGUUUGGUGUGUCGCUGAAUGCGCUCGUUCGCCGUGACCAGCAGGUCACCGGUGAGGAUACGACCUUGGUACCACUGGUGCUGCAGGCCAUACUGGCCGAGCUGGCAGUGCGCGGUGCUAGAGAGGAAGGGAUUUUGCGAGUACCAGGCCACAAGCAGAAGACCGAAGCCCUGUACAACGAGAUCGAACACAAUUUCUACAGCAAGCCGGAAAAGAUCGAUCCACUGAUCAAGAAAGCGGGUGUGCAUGAUCUCAGCGCGCUCUUGAAGCGUUGGCUACGGGAGCUGCCGCAGCCACUGUUAGCUAACGAUCUGGUGCAUCUAUUCUAUCAAACGAACGUUCUACCUCCACACGAUCAGUAUAAAGCGCUGGCCGUACUUUGCCAGCUACUGCCGCACGAAAAUCGCAACACACUUCGUGAGCUGCUAAACUUUUUCCGUCGGGUAGUGGAGCAGCAAGAUCACAAUAAAAUGUCCCAACAAAACGUCGCAACGAUCAUUGCGCCCUCGUUCUUUCCACCAAGAUUUGUGCAUCCACCAGAUAAGAACGAUAUCGGCGCGCAGGUACGUAUGGCUGCCCAGUGUUGCCAUCUUACCAACGUGCUCAUAACGAUGACCGACAGCUUAUGGUUGGUACCGCAGCGAUUGAUCGAGCAGGGCAAGAUGAUAAAUAAAAAUGGACAGCCAAAGCGUCAGCUAACGCGCAAAGCCAAAAACGGAAGCGGAAGCCUCAUAUCGGUAAACCGAAGUGCCACCAAUGGCGGUGACUUUGUGUUCGACACCAACCACAUCCAUCGGCUGGUGAUCUGAUCGUCGGA